AAAAAAAAAAGGUGGAACAUAAAAAAAAAAAAAAUUGAGACGACGAUUCAUACAAGAAGUGUAACCCAACGGAAUCCCAAUCUUUCGGAGCCUGGGAGCCUAAAGAACAAAUCCAAAUAUCUGAUCGACGAACGACCACGCAGUAUAAUCGGUGAAGACCGAUUCUAUAAAAGGAAUAUCCAAGAACUUCAACAUCCAUGAUCAUCUACGGAGCCGUUAGGCCACCUCUCUUCAUCAGAGAUAUUCCGAGCUAAGUCAUCGUUUCAUUACUGAUUUGUAGGUGGAUUGUGCCACAAAUCUGUAAUAGCCUUCUUAAGUCAGUAUUUUAUAUCUUCGUCUGUUAACUUUAUUGUAAUCUCACCAUAAUUUAGAGUCCUUUGUCAGUAGAUUCAUUCUUUCACUAGAAUCAUUUUUAAAUUUGAAGCAUAAAGGAAAAGAGAGCCAGUCUUUCGUUAAUAUGGUACAAAAAUUUUACCAGAAUAAUUAUAUACAAAACGUCGGUAAUCGCAUUGAGUAAUUUUAACGUGUGAAUGAAAGAGUGAAUGAGAUUUUCUAUGAUUGCCUGUUCUUUUAAAAGGUUAUACCAAAACUCAAUAAAUCUGUGUUCUACAUUGUUUCCUCCUGAUUUAAUGUAUUUUGUUUAUUGAAUAUAUCUAGAUUUCUAAUAUAACAUAAAAUCAAAACGUAUCGGUUGAACCUCAAAAAAAAAAACCGUUACAAAAUGGCGCCCGAACAUAAAGUUUAGACAUAAAGAAAGUAAACAUAGGAUUAAAUUUGAAACUUCGUCGUUGAAUGUUUGUAUGAUUGACCUUAGGUAGUAAUUGUAAGAAACAUAUAUUACGCGAUAAAUAGAAAUAUAAGAAUUUCAAAAGUACAUGGCACCAACGAUUAAAAGAACACCUGUUAAAACUAGGUCAAGGAUCACAAAUAAACCAAGGAGGUCAGAACCUGACAUAUCAAAAGCAGGCAAUAGUCAAAUACGAAAUAAUACAGGCGAGAUGGAGGGAGAACUGGAGCGUUUGAAGGAGGAAAUGGCGAGUUUCGCGGGUUUACGAAAUACGAUUGAACAGCUACAGGCACAACAAGCAACUAACGCACAGCUGGCAAACGAAGUCGCAUUGUUGAAGCUCCAGAACGAACAACAAAGACAGGCUCUUCAACAGAUACAGAAUCCAGUUCAACAACCAGUUACCAAUAACGAUCAAAUAUCGGUGAGUGAGUUAAUAGUAAGUUUGCAACGAAGUCACAUUGAUGCCAAAGCUCCCGAGUUUACAGAUGAAGAAGUUAUAAAUCCUAUUGAAUAUUUGGAAAAUUUGGAAAAUUAUUUCAGGUUAAAAUGUGUGAAGGAAGAGUGUAAAUUGUCGAUAGUCGAAAGUAAAUUAUCAGGUAGAGCAAAAAUAUGGUGGGAAGCGAGUAAAGAAACUAUCAACACGUAUAAUGAUUUUAAAGAAGCCUUUAAAAAUAAAUUUUAUUCCAUUCCAAUCCAAGUUAAAGUCAAAACAAAGUGGAGUUCAAGAAGGUAUAAUCAACAGGAUGGUUCACUUCAAACAUAUUUUUUUAAACAGCUUAAGGAAGCAAAAUACCUAUUACCGAAACUAGACCAGUUCGAAAUAAACUAUACCAUUAUCCAACAAUUACCAUAUAAAAUUCGUGAUACUCUAGCAACUGUGAAUAUGGCGGAUACAAAAAUAAUAGAACAAGCUUUAUCGCAAUUAGAUGUAAAUUAUGAAGAAAGAAACAAUAAUAAACACAAAUAUCAAAAUCAAAGUAACAACAAUCAAGUGAAUAAUGUAAACAACAUGCAAAUUCAACAUAAACAACAGCAACAGAUAAAUAAUACAAGUAGGCAACAAAAUUAUCCAAAUGCUGCAAACAACUUUUAUCAAAAUCCUCAAUUUGGUACAAACUUAUCACCAUGGCAAUAUCAACCGCAAGUUCAAGCAUCAACAAGCAACCAAAUGAAUUUACCAAACGUCAAUUAUCCACCACCUUAUUUCUCAGGAACCAAUAAUCAGAUACAGUCAUUACAAACUCAAAUGCAAACUAACACCAAUAAUUUACAAACCAGUCCAAAUAGAAAUUUAAACUAAUAAACAGCUCGAUGUGUAUAAGUCCGACAUCGAGUUGGGAUUAUGCAAAUUUAGUUGAGGACUUAAUGCACGAAAUUGGUAAUGCUGAAGAAAAAAUUGAAAGAGUAAAACAAAACUUAUCGAAUGGUCCAAAUGUAGUAAUAAAUGUGUUAAAUUAUCGAAUGGUAGCUUUAUUUGAUUCAGGAAGCCAAGUAACAUGUAUGUCUGAAAAAGUAUAUAAAUCUCUCAAAGGUAAUCAUAGUUUAAAUGAACUACCAGUUACAAAUGUAGUAGUUUUACCAGCAAUUGGGAAAAAGCCCACAGCGGUUAAGCGACAAAUUUUGGUUGAUGUUCAUAUAGGAUCGCAGAAAAUCACAACAGCUUUUUUAAUUAUACCGCAUCUGUCUAGUAGUGUGAUUUUUGGUAACGAUUGGCUUGAUAUUAAUAAAGUAGUUUUAGAUUACGGUCAGAAAACAAUUAGUAUUAAAGGUAAAGUAAUAGCUCCACCACUUUUCUCAUACGACCGGGAACCUGCGGAAAGGUUGAGCUCAUUUGCACAAAACGCGAAAAUAUAUAUCAAAAUUUUAAGAACUGAAGAUUCAGAAAAAGAACAUGAAAAAAUAGGUAAAGAAAUAUUUAAAAAGAAUUCAAAGAAAGAGAAUAAUAAUGAAGAAAAUAAAAAUGAUGAUGAAGAUAUAAAAACAGUUUUUGAAAAUAUCACAACUAAAGAUCCUGAAUGUGAUAAUGAUGAUAAAAUGUCAGAAACACAUGAAAAUGUGAUGCAAAUUGACAAUGAAUCUGAUUGUGUAGAAGAGAAUAAAAUUGAUGAAGAAACAGAAAUAAAUUUAAAAUAUAUCUUUGUAGAAAAUGAUGAAAUUGAUAAAAAUAUUUUAGUAGAUAAGGAAAAUAUAUGUGUAGCAAUAAGUGAAUUUGAUAAAAUUGCAUCGGUAGAUCAAAGAGAUAAUCCGAGAAAUAAUGAAUUAGAAAAUCUAAAUUUGAUGUGUGUAAAAAAUAAUAUAAAAUGUAAUGAAUCUGUAUUUCAAAAUGUAAACGAACAUGAACAAAAUAACGCAGAAACAAUAGAAUCACAAGACCAUAAUUUUUACAAAAAGAAUUUAGUUUGCCAGAAAACAGUAGAAUCGGAAGAUCACAAUUUUUUUAAAGAUAAAUUGGAUGAAAAUAUCGAAUCAAUUUUAAUAGAACAAAUUCAAGUAACAAGAUCUCAAACAAAUGAUCAAAACUUUUUCGAAUCUGUCCGGUCGAUCGCGAAUAAUCUUAUGGGUACAAGUGAAGAGCAAAAAGUUGAGCUGGAAAAAUUGCUAAUUAAAUAUGAAAAACUAUUUUCAGAGAAAGCCGGAUGUACAAACAUUUAUGAACACUCUAUCAAAUUACUAAAAGACAAGCCAAUCGUUAAAAAAUCAUACCCGGUACCAUUUAAACUUAGAGAAGCAGUAGAUGCAGAGAUAAAGAAAAUGCUUCAAGCAGGAAUUAUAGAAAGAUCAAAUAGUCAAUACUGCAAUCCAUUGCGAAUAGUACAAAAGAGGGAGAAUGGAGUGAGGUUAUGUUUAGAUGCCAGAUAUAUAAAUGACAUAAUUGAGUCUGAUAACGAAUGUCCACCACCAAUAAAUGAAUUAUUAAGAAAAUAUCAUGGUGUAAAAUACAUGACAUCUACUGAUCUAACACAUGGAUAUUGGCAAAUCCCGCUAGAGAGAAAUUCACGUCAAUAUACAGCUUUUUUACACGGUGGCACUUUAUACCAUUUUUGCAGAAUUCCAUUUGGUCUCAAGACGGCAGGAAGUGGAUUCAUACGUGCCCUAAAUAUGGCAUUAGGUAAUGAAUUUACCUCCUUUCUGACUUGUUAUAUAGAUGAUCUUUUAAUAACCUCAACUGAUUUUGAUUCUCAUAUGAAACACCUAAGCCUAAUAUUUGAUCGUUUAAUGAAACACAAUUUUACACUUCGUCUAAAUAAGUCACUUUUUUGUAAGAAGUCAAUCGCAUUUCUCGGAUACGUUAUAACACCUGAGGGAGUUAGUCCCAACCCAGACAAAAUCAAGGUGAUUAGAGAAUUUCCAGUACCAACAAGUAAAGUGAUUUUACAACGAUUUUUAGGAGCGUGUAACUUUUACCGGCAGUUUAGCAUAAAAUAUUCGAACUAUGUCACGCCCUUGAGAGAUUUAUUAACAGACAAUACACCGUUUAGAUGGACAGAGAAACAUACGAAAGCAUUUAAAGAGAUAAAGGAAAGUUUUAUAAACUGUGUAACCCUUAAUCACUAUUUACCUGGCGUCAUAUGUAGAGUACAAACAGACGCAAGCGAUCUUGGAAUAAGUGCGAUUUU